AUGCCCAAAGAAGGCGCAGUUGGACUGCCUCACAAUCCAACAGUCAUCAAGAUUUCUCCUAAUAGUAAUGAUUCUCAUGCUGAAAGAAAUAUCGCAGAAAUACAGGCAUGCUUACAAAUGAUACGGAUUGAACGAAUGAGGAAGCAAAAUUGUAAUGCUGCUAAUAAUAAUACCAAUAGCGAAAAUGGUGGUACUUCUUCUACUCAAAACUUGGGCUUGCCUGAUGAAUACGCUAAAUUUUUUUCAAGAGACUGCGAUGGGACCGGUUCGCCAAUUUGUCAGGAUCCCAAGGGAAUCUUGGAACUGUUAGGAGCCACAAGCAGCAAAAGCUUUUCACACUAUGAAGAUAUCAAGGAUAUAGACAAAAUUGAGAUCCUCAAAAAAGGGCAUAAUAGCACUAAAUCUCUGCGGGAUAGGGAGUAUCAAAGAAAGACCACAAAAAAGGAAAGAAUGGAUGCAAUUACUGAUGCUAAACAACAGGCAGAACGACAACUUAAUAUUAGAAGUGAUACAGUGAAAAAACAAGUCACCAAGAAAGCUAAACCUGUUGUCCCUAUUGCAAAACCUAAACCGAAAACUAAGAAACAACUUAAAGCUGAACAAAAAAGGCGUGAAAAGGAAAUGGCUGAAAUAGCCAAUAAAUUAGAGGAAAAACAAAAAAUCGAUGAAGAAAAGGCUAAAGUAAAAAAGCAGCGAGAAGAAGAAAAGCAAAAAUUAUUAAUGGAACAAGAAAAGUUGCAAAAGAAAAAAUCUACGACAGCAAAACGAUCAGAAAUAGAAGAAAAGUCAAACAUUGAAAAUAAAGCAGCAGCAGUAUUAACUUUGGAACAAAAUAGUAAAAGAAAUACUAAAUCAAAUGAUUACACUAAACCAAAUAACGAAAGUAAUACUGAUAAGGAACCAUGCAAAGAAGAGGUUGAUCAGUUACUAGCUAACGGAAAUGAUAUAAAUGAAGAUGAAAAUAAACCUUCGACAUCACAUUUAUAUAAAGAUCCGCGAAAUAAAAAAAUCCCCUCUCAACGAUAUCAAGCAAAUAAUUCCACCCAAACAACUACGACGAAAAAGAAGACAAAUUACAGAAAUAAUUAUGAUAACACAGCUUAUAGAAAUAAUGAAGGCCGUAACGAAAGGUACUACUACAACGAUGAAACAGCUAAUACGAAUUGGAAUGAUGAAAGACAAGAUAAAACUAAAAAUUAUAAUACUAGCAAUCUAAGAGAUAAAGGGCAUAACACGGUUAUGACCUCAAAGAAUAAUAAUGACCUUAGAGGAAGAAGGGUGACACAGGGCUUUAACAAUUACUGUGGUAGCGAAGACAUAAGCGUUAAUAAAGUAAAAGGUGACAGGAAGAGCAAUCCUCAGUUAACACAUUCGAUAAGAAGUGGGGAUAAUUACCCUUCACCUACUGAAAAUUAUAACGAUCGGGUUGGAAGUAGUGAUAAAAAUACGAAAACUAUCUAUAGUAACCAUCCUGUGAAUCCGUAUGUGAAAGGGCAUCCAGAAAGAACCACAAAAGUUGAAUGUGAUAACAAUGAAACUGAUGUUGACGGAUGGAUGGUGGCUUCCUCAAAGAAAAAAGGCUAUAAAACUUCUCAGCCAAGUCAAUUAGCUAAUGUUGAUAGUCAACAGUUGAAAACAUUAAUUGAUAUGGGAUUCAAGAGGGAGAAUGCUAAUGAGGCUUUAAAAUUAAAUCAUAUGGAUGUAGAAGCAUCAGUAGCCUAUCUGCUAUCAAGAAACUAUAAGGAUGAUAAGGAAACAGCCAGUAGCACACGUGAAGAUCUUUCCUCAUCUCCCACAGCCUUUGCUACGGAGAUGCAGACAGAAGUAAAUAAUAAAGGACAUGAGCCUGUCAACGUAAUAUCAACAGAUGACGAAUCGGGAAUGAUUACUGAGCACCAAGAAAGCAGUGAUGCAGCAGAAAAUAGUAAAUACGUUGGUGUUGAUCCUUUAGAAGAAUUAAGUAGAUCUUCUGUUGAUAGUUCAGCAAACGACUAUGCAAAUAUAUCGAACACGUCAUCGCCUCAAAUUGCGACGAUCGUAUCUAAACAACCUUUGAGACAGGUGCCAGUACAACAACCACAAGGACUUGUUCCUCCAGAAAUAUUAGCUUUAUCACAAGGAGUACUGCAAUUACAAAAUAUGCGACAGAUUAUAUUACAACAGAUCACCCAGCAGCAAUCUGGAAAGGCAACAUUAACUCAACAAUCACAAUUACAUAAUUUAGUUAUUGAAAUACAAAGACGGCAAUAUACAAUUAUGCAAUGGCAAAUAUCAAAUCAAAUACCAUCGCCAAUAAUUCCACAAGAAAAUCAGACAGGAAGUUUAUUGCCUAAUACAACUAUGGAUAUGCAUUUACAUGAACCAGUAACGCGAGAUGUAUCAUUAAAUAACUACGCACCUAAUACUAAUUCUACCACUAGAAGAGAUAUUAGUAUUAAUAGUUCUGACAACGAACAAUCGCAGCAAUUCUAUUCAAAUUCAAAAACCGAAUCUCGAAAUUUUAGCCAUGGUGUUGACGAUUAUCAAAACGUUCAAAAACUAAAAGAUAAUACUUCAUCAACCUAUCUCUCAAGUCAUGAUCCAAAUUCUCAGGAUACCAACGUAUUUAACUUACCGAAUAUAAAUAAUUUAUCAGGCUCAAGACCAAACCAUAGCAACACAAUGAAUAGACGAGAAGAAAAAAACGCGUUAUAUUCACCAUUAAAUAGUAAUGCAAAUAAUAAUAGUAAUAAUAAUAAUAAUAAUAAUUAUAAUAAUACAAUACGUAGUCCAGCUAUGGAAACUCAAAUAGGAGGCUCUUCUCAUCCAGAGAAAUUGCCAACAAAAUCGACUCGAACGUUGGAUGUAAAUGAUAUUCCAGAUAAUAAUAUUAUGGACUCGUCAGAGGGAUGGUAUAAAGACUUAUCGAACAAUGUAAACUGGACACAAACGCCACCUUUCGAUGAUGACAAUACCAAUGCAACAACAGCAACGGCCCAAAAAAUGGCAUCCAUAUUGGCUAAAGGCGAAAUCCGCCCAUUUGAACCUGGUACUCCUUGGAAGCCUAUUAAUGAAGUUACGGAAGAAUAUUUUAACGCUGAUAUUCAUACAAUUAAUGAAAGAACUUCAAAUAAUAAUCUGGAAUAUUCUUUGAGUGACCAACGAAUGCCUAUGCAAGGUAUUCAAAAUGAUAUUAAAACUUCAACAAUUGAUAAUUUGCAGCCAGGGUUGCAUUCAUGGAUUGAAAAUACGCGAACUACUGACAGUGACAACAACAACAACAAAAUUGCUUCAUUACCACCUGGUUUAUCAUCUGCCGCAAAUCCGUUAUCUUCCCAUAUGAGUUCAAAUCAAAUUGCUGCAACUACAAAUACUUCUGUAAAAAGCAAGGCCCAAGAAUGGUCGAGUUUUCCAGCUGUGUCUAAUCUAAUGUUUUCUCAUAACUUGAAUAACUUAAGUUCUAAUGAGAAAGAUUUAGAAAAUAUAUGGUCAAAUGCUGAAGAAUCGAUGUUCCCCAAUGAUUCUAAUGUUAAAUUCGGUAUUACUAAUAAUGAUAAUAAAAGUAAAACACAAUCAGGUUGGCCAUCAAGUAUCACGCAAGAGUCUAGUUUUACUAAAGAAUCUGUAGUUAAUAUUGAAAAUAAUAAUCUCUCAAGUUGGCCGUUAGAUGCUUCGCAACCAUCUAAUUUCUCUAGUGAUUUAAAUAUUAAACCUAACAAAAGUAGUAGCAAUAGCAUCAAAAGCCAAUCUGGUUGGCCUUUAGAAAAUGAAAAUCUAUCAUCAGAAUUCAUUUCCAAACCGAAUGUUAUGCCAUCGUUAUCGAUUCUUAUAAAGGGAUUUAGUUCACAGGUUGAUGAGAACUUACUCCAAGCGCUCUGCUUACAACAUGGUAGAAUCACCGAAUUCGUAUUUGACCCUCGAAAGCGGGCAGUAUUCGUUAGCUACAGUAGCGUAGACGAGGCUGUAAGAGCUCAAUCCAGAUUGAACAAUUGUAAGAUUAUGGAUUCAACAUUGGAAGCAUCAUUUCCACUAACUAAGAUUCCAGCAUCAAAUGAACCAAUAACGCCAACAGAAAGUGGGCAUUCAUUACAAUGGAACCACUCAUCAAGUGCGAAUAAUAAUCCUCCUGAAUUAAGUAGCUCUACGAAUUCAACUAUGGCUAUAAAUAGCAAUUAUCGUGUUCUAAAUCCUAACGGUAGCAGUCUUUUUCCCAAUACAAGAAAGGAGGCGUGGUCGCAUACGGAUAGUAAGCCAGUUAGGACAGUUGAUGACACAAAGAUAUUUACUCCAAGCUCAUUCUUGCAAGGCAGCCCAUUUUAUGAUCAGCAACAAUAUUAA